AUGUCAGCCAUAACUAUUGUUCGACCCAAUAAUAUUAGUAUACAAUUUAAAUUUAAUAAUAGUUCACUCGUAGUCACAAUGAAACAAGGUGAUUUAUCCAAAGAAGAGUGCGAUGCCAUUGUUAAUCCGACAAAUAAUAAUAUGAAACCCGAUGGUGGUCUAGAUAAUAUUCUCCACAGUGUCGGAGGAUCUUUUUAUUCAGCUCAAGUAAUGAUAAUGACUAAACGUUUCGAGGAGUACUCGUGUCCAACAGGCCAGUCACGUAUAUUUCUUAAUGACGCUGAUAAUAAAACACCAUUCAUUAUUAAUACUGUUGGACCUAUUUAUUCAGCUGCUGAAUGUCAAAAAUCUGCUCUUCAGUUAACAUCAUGUUAUUAUACGUCACUCAGUUUGGCGAAUUUAUACGGAUUGGCUUCAAUCGCUUACUCAGCAAUUUCUUGUGGUCAACAUGCAUAUCCUACAGAGCAAGCUGCAAAAAUCGCAUUUGAGUCCGUACAGAAAUAUGCAUUUAAUGUCAGCGACAUUCGAUUCGUUUUAUUUGAUCAACAUAUUUACGACACGUUCGUGAAUGAAUGGUGCAAACUUGCUAAUGAAAAAUAA